CUCUGGUCAUCUCCUGUAGUAUGUCCGCAGUCUCUGGUCAUCUCCUGUACGGUGUCCCCAGUCUCUGGUCAUCUCCUGUACUAUGUCCACAGUCUCUGGUCAUCUCGUAUACUGUGUCCGCAGUCUCUGGUCAUCUCGUGUACUAUGUCCGCAGUCUCUGGUCAUCUCCUGUACUAUGUCCGCAGUCUCUGGUCAUCUCCUGUAUAUAUCCGCAGUCUCUGGUCAUCUCCUGUACUAUGUCUGCAGUCUCUGGUCACCUCCUGUACUAUGUCUGCAGUCUCUGGUCACCUCCUGUACUAUGUCUGCAGUCUCUGGCCUUUUCCUGUACUAUGUCUGCAGUCCAUUGGUUCAGUAUAUUUUUUUACUUGUUUCCCCCCUCU